AUGCUGGCUCGAUCCGUCUUGGCGCUGGAAGCUGGCUCGGCCUUGGCUGUGCAUAUCCACGUGACAAUACGGCUGCUGACCACUGUCUGGCGCGAGGGGCUGACAUUCCAGGAUCACAGUCAAUACACUCUUCACCCAGGAACCAUGGCUCAAAUAGGUUCAGGGACUCUAGUGCUCUACCGCCCACCGUCUCCAUCUUCGUACCGAACUGAGCUUCUCCGUUGUAACCGCCAUGCAAGCGAAGUCGUCCCACUCGAGCCUGUCAUUGAGGACGACCCUCGCGAACAUCUUACAAGGCUCGCAAGCCUAGGAGGCGUUGUGCAGUUGACAAGACCACCCGAUACCCAAAAAAACCGAAAGUGCUUCCGAUGCUGGGCCAAAAAGUACAAGGUAGGAUGUCCAGUUGCAUACCUGAGUGCGUACGUCGGUUGA